CGAGCAUUCUCCACUAUGCAAUUAUAGGGGUGACACCCUCCGGGUUUUUCCUAUACAGGAGGGUCCGUUUAGACUUUAUAAUAGAAGAUCGAUAGCGCUCUCAUCCAUGGCUAGUUUCAAACAGAAUUUUGUUUUAAUGUUCGGUUUUGGUGGCGGCAGGGCGCACCGUGUUUGACGUCGCCGUGCAACAUGAGAACUGUCCAGUGCAUUUAGAGAAAAUAAACAGAAACAACCACAAAGAACAAAGCCAAACGCAUCAAUCAUUCAACAGGUAGAAUAUCAAAGAUUCGAGAGCGUCGCAUGUUAUUUGCAGUUCCGUUGUUUUCUUCCUUCUUGUUUGAAAGUAGACUAGACUAGGAUGUAGUCGAACUAAAUGUAGCAUUAUGAGAGAGUACAUUAUCAUCAUCAACGCAAAGAAAGUAUAAACAAUAUAUAAAUAACAAAAAAAAAACAAGCAAUGCCGCAAGGGAAUUCGCCGACGGCGGAAUCAACGGAUGCGAUCCGGAUGGAGCCUAUGGGUCGUUACAAGCAGGUCCAAAACGGCAACGUUCAUCCUGAAGGUACAAACAAUCAACUCAGUCAAUCAAUGACCAUUUACCGAUCACCCUCACUCAUGCUUAAUCUCCCCUGUGACUCAGGCGGUGUUGCAGGAACAGAGAGUCCUGCAGGUCCUACAAAGAAAAGCCUAUACGAAAAUAAUGGAGUGGCGGCUUGCUCCCAAAAACGAGCCUUGUUCAUUGCAAGCGCCGUUUUUGCAAUAUUAUUCUUGGUUUCUAUCAUCAUUGCUUACACUGGCCCGCAAAGUGAAUGCACAUGUGCCGGUGAAAAGCCACCUAAUUAUGUGGACGAAGAUUGGAACGUGACGAAAGUAUUCGUCCCGCGUGCUACAAACGGUCAAGUUUUUCCAUGGAACAACAUCCGUCUUCCAACAUUCGCGAAACCAUCUCGCUACAACAUUACCAUUCAUCCGAAUCUAACGACGCUUGAUGUAAAAGGUCAAGUUUCCAUAGAAUUUCAUGUAGAAAAAGACACACACUUUAUUGUACUGCACAGUAAAAAUCUAACCAUCACAGAUAAAAUGAUACAGGAUCGUAAAGGUCACAACUUGAGGAUUACAAAACUCUUGGAAUAUCCCGCCGCUCAACAAUUAUACAUUGAAAUUAAAGAUAAGUUUAGGAAACGCAACAAUUAUACUCUGAAUCUAAGAUUCACAUCAAAAUUGGGACACGAAUACGAAGGAUUUUAUAUAUCCAGUUAUACCAAUGAAGAUGGUGAUAAAAGAUAUUUGGCUACAACACACUUUGAACCAACAUACGCAAGGGCGGCGUUCCCUUGCUUUGACGAACCCCAGUUCAAAGCCAAAUUUAAAAUAUCAAUUUUUAGAGAUAGGUUCCACAUAGCCUUAUUUAAUAUGCCGGUGGUUACUACGGAAGAUGUUGGCUUUUACAUGGGUACUGGUUUGUUGCGCGAUGAUUUUCAAGAGUCUGUUGAGAUGAGUACCUACUUGGUGGCGUUUGUUAUAUGUGAUUACAAACACCUCAAUAAGCAAACAGAACGAGGCGUUUCCGUUUCCGUCUACACACCAUCCCCUUAUAUUUCCCAGGCAUCGUUCGCCUUGAGCACCGCCACUCACAUCAUGAACUUCUUCGAGGACUUCUUCAUGGUCCCAUAUCCACUGCCUAAACAAGAUCUCGUCGUUAUUCCCGACUUUGCAACUGGCGCUAUGGAAAAUUGGGGUUUGAUCACUUACCGCGAGACUGCCAUUCUUUAUGAUCCACUUGAAACUUCCACUGCCGCCCAUCAAUGGGUUGCAAUUGUAAUCGCGCACGAAUUAGCUCAUCAGUGGUUUGGUAAUUUAGUUACGAUGAAAUGGUGGAACGAUUUGUGGCUGAACGAAGGCUUUGCCAGUUUUUUGGAAUAUUUGGGUGUUGAUAGUCUAUUUCCCGAAUGGAGAAUGAUGGAACAGUUCAUUUUAGAUAAAACGCAACCAGCAUUAGCACUGGAUGCAUUAGUUAGUAGUCACCCUAUAUCAGUUUCAGUUUAUGAUCCAUCAGAAAUUGAAGCUAUUUUUGAUACUAUUUCUUAUAGCAAGGGUGCUUCUAUACUUCACAUGCUUGGUAAAUUUCUUCAACAAGAAACUCUACAAAACGGUCUAAAUGAUUAUUUAAAUACUUAUAAGUAUAGUAACGCCGACACCAAAGAACUUUGGAAUGUGUUCAGUAGAAAUACCAAUCAAUCUCUAGAAGUUAAGACUAUCAUGGAUACUUGGACUAAUCAAAUGGGUUUUCCAUUAAUCACAAUUACAAGGGAGGAAAAUGAAGUAUAUGCUUCACAGGAGAGAUUUUUGUUGACUACAGAGGGAAUGAAUAGCUCAAUCCGUUCAUCUCCAAAAUCAAAGUACGAUUACAAAUGGUACGUUCCUCUGACCUAUAUCACAGACAAUGAUACCGAUACAAUAAAUUAUGUUUGGAUGAACAUGACCAAUGUGCGUUUCGAAAUUGAUCCUGACGUGAAGUGGAUCAAAGUCAACGUGAACCAAUCAGGGUUUUACAGAGUCAUGUAUGAUGAUAAUAUGUGGGCAUCUAUUAUUGACACUCUCAGGUCUAAUCAUACAAUAUUCAAUGCUGCAGAUAGGGCUAGUCUUAUCGACGAUGCCUUCACUUUGUGCAGGGCUGGAUUAUUAAAUGCAAGCAUUCCUUUGGAAAUGUCCCUUUAUUUGAUUGAUGAAAGGGACUAUGUUCCUUGGGCCACCGCUAUUGAACACUUUGAAUCCUGGAGUCGUCGUCUUUCCGAGUCAUUGGCCUACAAACUAUUCCUCCAGUACAUGCGCAAACUCCUUGAACCGAUCACGAAAUUCGUCGGAUGGAAUGAUGAUGGAACGCAUUUACAACGAUUGAUGCGAACUGAUAUAUUAUCUACGGCCGUGCAUUGCGAGUUGAAUGAGACGGUUUCCAAAGCGAAAUCAUCUUUUAUGAAGUGGAUGAAGAAUAAUGAAACGAUUGCGCCGGAUUUGAAGGAAGUCGUAUACGCGGCUGGUAUAAAAUACGGCGGUUUAGCAGAAUGGCAGCAUUGUUGGAACAUUUACAACACGACCAAAGUACCAAGUGAGAAGAAGCUGUUACUCAAGGCACUUGGGGUCGCUUCCGAUCCAUGGCUUUUACAAAGGUACUUAUUGGAAACUCUGGAUAGAGAUAUGGUGAAACCUCAGGACGUUAAAAUUGUAUUAGCAGUCGUCGCUGCUAAUCCCGAAGGACGUCUUCAUGCUUGGAGACACUUGAAGGCUUAUUGGCCCACAAUGCAAUCGCUUUUCGGAAACGCCACUUUCAUGAUGGGAAGUUUAAUCUCAGCAGUAACUGCACAUCUUUCCACUCCUUACGAUUUAUAUGACGUCUCGACGUAUUUCAACGGUAUGCACGUGGGAUCCGCGUCUAGGGCUCUAGAGCAAAGUCUGGAAACCAUCAAAUUGAACAUCAAUUGGGUCUCCCAGAACGAAGCCGAUAUUUACACGUGGCUGAGAAGAUUCCUCAACAAAUAGUCCGAACCUAAUGAUUUCAUCAACCCUAGGCUUCCGGACGAAGGCAAGGAUCCAAACAACACCAACAUCACCCAGAAACCACAGCCUACUUUCGUCAUUCCAUGUUUUUUGUUCCAUUUGUUUUGUGAUACUUAAGAUAUAUCUCGUUUACCUCCCAGGACGAAGCUGAUAUUUACACGUAGAUGAGAAGAUUCCUUAACAAGUAAUACGUACCUUAUGAUUCCAGUAAACUUAGGCUUCCAGGGGAGGAUAAUUUUGUAACAUUACACUCACCCUGAAACCACUUCCUACUUUUGUCUUUCCAUAUUUUCGUUCCAUUUAUUUUGUGAUACUUAACAUAUGUUUGUGAUCUCUUUUAUAUACUAUGAUAUUAUAUACUUAGGGGCUAAGUAACCAUGCUAAUUCCUUAUUUCGUGUGGAUAAUCCGGGACGAGGCUUCUCAGAGCACUAACCAGAGGGCCACGUUGGAAUUUAUUUUUAUAUAAAUAUAGUACAGGAGUAUAUGUAUAUGUAUAUUGUGAGAAUAUCAUUGUGCUAUACAUAUGAGUACGUUAAAUCUUUAGGUAUAGACACGUAUUCCAUAAAAAAAAAAGUAUCUUUACAAACUUUUGUGUGUAAGGGAAUUUUUAUACUAAUCGCCGUAUUUUUAUGAUGAAACUCUCGGCCCAAUCAUAUUGUGUACGAUUGGCGGAAAUAAAAAUUUGUCUGAUAUUUCCUGCCCGUUCUCUUAACAUUUAGAUUAUAGUGAAUUGGGUCCAAAAAAAAAUUCAAAGAAAAACAAAACACAUACUUGUCCAGACAUUUUACAAACAAUUUUCAAACCCAACCCAUGCUG